AUGAAGGAUAUAGAAGACUUCAUUUUCAAAAACAGUCAAUGUACUGCUGUCUGUUUAGCUAAGAUUCCAACAACCCCUCUCUAUGAAGUUCGGAAGCGAAUACUUUCUGGGCUCUGUGAUGAAUCGGAAGAUUAUCCUUUGAACCACAAUGUUCGAUGUUCGUUGAUAGCUCUCUCAACAUAUUUGUUCUAUUCCAAUGGAAAGUAUGCUGAUGAACUUGUACCAAUCUUGACGAAAUAUCUCGCCAUUCUACCUCAAAUGAAGUGGGUUGACGAUGGAUUGGUCAACAAAACUGACAGCAUUCCAAUCCAAGAACAGUUUGGCUUCUGUUUCAAUACAGGGUUAGCUGAUCUAGCUGCGUUGCUUCCCAAGCAAAGUAAAACUAUUGUGUCCGCCCAGGUAGAUGCUUUAGCUUGUGCCAUUACUUCCAUUCAUGAGAUAUUGCAAGACACGGAGAAUUUACCUAACAAUAAAACACAUAUAAUCAAACUCGUUUGUUAUGUCUUCGGUCUGUUGAGAUCCUUAGGAAGAUAUUCCGCUGAUCCUUACUCUCCUCUUCUAGCCACGGUUUUUCCUCUACCAUUUGAAAAUCCAUCGGCAACCACCUCAAUAUCAAGAUCUUUAAGCUAUGAUGACUCGACAUGGCUUGACUUCGAGAAAGAAAGUGUCAAAUCCAGUGGAGUUAAGCUCUACAAUAGACUGGGAGCAAGUUUUGUAUGUCCCAACUCUUCCCGCUUCCGGAUGGAUGUAGUGGAUAUUGAAAAAAUCUUCGACUCAGUUCAGCGACUUAUCAAUCCAGAAAUUCUCACGGAUCUUGAUGCUCAUGCUACGGAUGUAUUCAUGGCUGGUCACAUUAAAAGGUAUCCAUACAAGACUGUUAGUGAGAUGCUAAGACUAACGUGUCUCACUUUGCUCCGAGAUAUUUUACGUCCUUUUGAUGUUCUAGCCAGAGAUUGUCCUAUCAAAGAAACAUUUGCGAAAGAGCUCAAUGCUUUUGCUGUUGAACAAUUGACUUCUUUGGACACCGCUAAGUUGCAUUCAGAAGAUGAUCGAAGGUCGAAAGGCUACAGAGAAUACGGAAUCGGACGGCAUAGAACUUCACUUUUGGCUUCAACUAUUGUACUAGAGUUAGUAGUGUGGGCUGCAGUCGAUGAUAUUGAUUCUGAUGCUGUUUGCGCUUCAAUGUGUUCGAGGCUUUUCUCAUCUACCACCUCUAAGAUAUCGCUUGCUCAGUUACCUUUAGUCGUCAAAGCGUUGACAUCUCUCGGAGGAUUAGCUGAGAAGUUCCCAGCUGUUGCAACUGCUACAGUUGUUCCUAUUUUGUCUCGAUUCCUACUUGAACCUGCUCCGCUACUGGUGAAACUUGCCACCGAACCAGCUACUCUGAAAAAAGACAGUGAUAAGCGGGAUGAAGAUGGCGUUGCACGUAGGAAAAAUGCACUGGAUUCGGUUAGGAGAGCCGCCAUCGACGCUUUAUGCAGAUCCUUACACUCAGCUCUAACCGUAGAUGAGGAUAGUGUCCAAGCUUGCUUAGCUAGUUUAUCCUCAAAACUGUUUGUAUGCUCAAAUAAUAACAAUUUGGUAGUUUCUCUCGUUUGCGAGAAUGCGAUAAUGACAUUAGGAGGAAUCGGAGUUUCUUUAGGCGUGACUUCAAAAGAAGUCCCAGAAAUGGUGCUGCAGAUCUAUUUACAGAGAUUUGCCAGUCCUCCCUCACCAUUGGAUAUAGUUAUGGUGAAAUGCUUGGCUCAGAUGUGGGUAGCUGGUGCUAAAACUAUUCAUGAUGGAGUCAUGAAGCUUUUUACUCAAAUAGCCAUAGAAUCCAGCAAUAGAGUUUAUUCUCAGGAUCAUAACUCGCAUACUGAUCACCGCUAUACACAUGUUUCUUUAGCUGUCGACCAAGCACUAGCCAUAAUGGCAGAAGGAGUUUCUGAAGAAGAUGACAAGCAGAGUCUACUAGUUCGCCUCUUGGAGCUCUUUGUGCAAUUAGGAAUAGAAGGGAGAAGAAUAGGAGAAAAAGUAUCUAAGAGUACAGUGAAAAUGUCUACAAGUGCUGGAAACUUGGGAGUGCUGAUGCCAAAGAUAGCAGCUUUGCUGAACCGAAUGAAUGCUAUAACUCAUCCAACCACUAGACUCCGCAACUUAUUUAGAGAUUUUUGGUUUUACUGUACAGUGCUUGGAUUUGAUGUAGAGUUUUCCGGACUAUGGCCUGAGGAUUGGUACAAAGCUGUCUGUGAUAUAGCUACUCGAUCUCCUGUUCUGAUUGCCCAGGAAAAUCUCAGAUCGGAAUUGAUUGAUAAUGCAGCGAUAAGAAGUGACAGUAUUUCUCCGAAUGAACUUCAAGAGUUCCGGAACACGGUUAGCUCUGAGAUGAACCACCCACCAGAUAUCGUUCCGAUUGUGAACAGGAUGGAUUUUGCUCAAUGCAUAUACCUACUCUCUGUACUUCGAAUGGAAAAAAUGCGAGUUAAGCACGCCUCUAGACGAGAUGCAGCUCAUGAUUUUUUCAAAUAUCUUGAGGACAAGAGCAUAAGAAAAGACAAAAGCGGCAUGUGGGCAUGUCUUCUAUCUGGUGCUGUGAUCGUGUUUGAUACAUUCUUGCAAGCUCAUAAAAGGAUACGGGAAGGAGAAUCAACAGAAUCUGAUCUAGAGUAUCAUGCGCAGUUCCUCCUUGUCCAGUUCAAUCAUAAUCUACGAGAGGUGCGAAGAUGUGCUGAUGCUUGUCUCUCUCGGUUAGUUGAUCAGUUCCCUUACUUGUUGUGGAAUGGAAAAGUAUUAUCAACCGCACUCCGACUUUUGCAAGCUUUGCAAAAUUUGAAUGUGACUGAUCCUGGGUGUCGACAAACCAUCUUCUCUUUGAAUGACGUGGAGUGGACUAUCCAACUUCAGGAUAACUUAGAAGGAAGAAAAGCAGUUGUCAAAGACUUUUCUGUGAGAUGUGAACAAAUCCUACUGGAAGCAAUGAAAUGGGCUCCUUCAAGCACUCAGAGUCAUCUUCUGGAAUAUGUCGCUAGUUAUGGAGAGCCAUCCGAUCGGUCUCUAAGCUUAGCGUUUUCCGCUGUAACUUCUGGAAAUGGAGAAAACACUAGCUUAUAUUUAUCUUCUCUGCACUUGAGAAGCUCAUAUCUAGGCCAAAUAAAAGGAAUGCUCUCAUUGAAUAAUAACGACGAAGAUGCAGAUUUUGAACGUAAUCUAAUCAAAAGUUUGAUGGAUAAGUUUGAAAGAGCAUGCCGAACCGGAAAAGAUACUGAAAUGCAGAGCUCAGUUUUGUUGCUCACGGCUCUGUUCGUCACCCUACCUCAGAUGAACGAAAAAAUUCUGAACACUUUGGCUAGAGCUCCUCUGCACAAUUUCACGGAAUCCACUGUCAAGCUAUGCAUAAUGAGUUGGAACUGGCUUCUAGCUGCCAGAAGCGACGUGCAGCAGAGUUUUUUGUUGGAAAUGAGCAGAGCUUUUGCUGACUCUUGCAGAAAAGGCCUAGGUCUCUUCGAGAAAGGACCCCUGCCUGUGUCUCCACUUUGUGUUCAAACAAGUGAGCUACCUGUUUCUCCAGAUGUUGGUCCACACUCCUUAUGGAUUUCGUUUAUAUCCGGGCGUGUAGAUGUCGCUAAAUAUAGUAGUCGAGAACAGAUAGAUGUUCUGGAAAUGAUGUUUGCCCAAUCUUUGAGCAUGCAAGUUGGGUCUGGUUUAACAGUAUCGGGACAAUCGUUUUCCACUGCUCUGGGUGUUGACGAUCCAAGACAACUGACCAGAUCUAUUUCUGCAGUUGGUGUUCGGUUCAGUCUUCUGUCUUGUGCUCUUUCACUUCUCCAAGGAUCUGCAGCUCAAUCAAGACCAUCGAAUCAUGUUAUAAGACAACGUGUUUAUGCAUCAGCUCUACAUUUCUUCACAAUUCCUCCUCAAGGUGUUACUCAGUCGUCUUCUCAGUUACGAGAUGAUAUUGUAUAUCUGAUCAGUUUCUGGCAUGCGAUGUACGCUGAUGGAAAAUAUAUAAAGAAGGAGAUGUUUGCAAAUACAGAUCACGACAUAAAUCUUCUGACGUCUAUCAACCAAAUGACAGCUUCGAUAUCAGAUGUUCCUACUAGAACUAAUAACCAAACAUGGCAUGCUACAUCUGCAAGCAGUAGUUCCAAUUAUGUAAACACCCUCACCUUAUCUCAAAAAACAGCUGCUACCUACUCUCAACGAAGUGGAGACACCAGAAAACUCACACAGGAUGUUCAAUUGGCUCAGAGUGUUGAACGUCAAGUCAAAGUGUUCUUGAAGAGGCGAAACCUCAUACUUCUUCUGAUCGGAAACGAAAUUGGAAGACUAUGCGCUUGGCUCAAUCCUUUAGGAGAUGUAGUGGAAGAAGGUGCUCCUAACGUGGAACAAUGGAUGAAAGGAACAUUGAGUGAUAGUAGAGUCGAAUCUCGAGUACUCAAAGAAUCUGCUAGGUUGGCUUGGGAAAUAUCUCCUGAGUUAGCUGUGUAUCUUCCUACUAGGUUUAGGACCUGUUCUUCACUCCGUACUACUGUUCAAGAGAUUGUUCGAUCACACCCUGAGGCGGUGUCUAAUAUCCCAGAUGCUUUACCAUUAUUCCUAGGAGACAAUGCCGUGUUCGAAACAGCAGAUAUGUCUCAUGUGUUAACAUGGGCGACAUGUUCUCCUGUGAUGGCUUUGUCACUUCUCACCCCUCGGCAAUAUCCCUUACACCCCAUAACGGUUCAAUACGCCGUGAGAGUAUUGAGAUCGUACCCUGCUGAUGCUUUACUGAUGUACAUCCCCCAAUUAGUUCAGGCUGUUCGUCAUGAUUCGAUGGGUUAUAUAGCAGAGUUGAUGGUGUGGCUAGCAGGACAUUCUCAGUUAUUAGCUCAUCAACUUAUCUGGAAUAUGGAAACGAACAUGUUCACUGAUGAAGAAAGUAAGAACAAGGAUCCUGUCCUUUACGAUGCUCUGAACUCAAUUAUUCGAAAGAUGAACAGUCAGCUAGAAGGAGCAGCAAAGCGUUUCCAUGAAGCUGAGUUCACUUUGUUCCAUAAGUUGACAGCCAUUUCUGGUACCAUAAAGCCGUAUCCUAAAGGCGACGCGAGAAAGAAAGCUUGUUUGAAAGCUCUAGCUGAUAUAAAAGUAGAAACCAUAACUUACCUUCCAUCGAAUCCUGAAGCGAUUCUGUUAGAUUUAGACUACAACAGUGGAACUCCCAUGCAAAGCGCUGCUAAAGCACCUUUCUUAGCUCGUUUCAAAGUUCAACGAUGCGGAGUUCGGGAGUUAGAGCGCGUUGCUCUAGAGGCACAAUCCGUUGAAAAAGGAGCGACACCGCCAAAAGAAGCUAAUUUGCAGGAGCUAAGAAAGUGCCAAGAUAGCAGAGUCUGUUGGCAAGCCGCUAUUUUCAAAGUUGGUGAUGACGUUCGUCAAGAUAUGCUUGCUCUUCAACUGAUGCAAUUAAUGAAGAAUAUGUGGAUGGGUUUAGGGAUGCCAGUGAAAAUUUUCCCUUAUAGGGUUGUGGCCACAUCUCCUGGAUGCGGUGUCAUUGAGUGUGUUCCUAAUUCGAAAAGUAGAGAUCAACUCGGUCGUCAAACUGAUUUUGGACUAUUUGAAUACUUCAAAACAACUUAUGGUGAUGAGAGUAGCGAAACGUUCCAGGACGCUCGUAGAAAAUUUGUAAGGAGUAUGGCUGCUUAUUCAGUAUUCAGUUUCCUUCUUCAAAUCAAAGAUAGGCACAAUGGCAAUAUAAUGAUUGAUAAUGAAGGGCAUAUUAUCCACAUAGACUUCGGAUUCAUGUUCGAAAGUAGUCCUGGUGGAAACUUGGGCUUCGAGCCAGAUUUCAAACUCAGUGAAGAAAUGGUUGCGGUUAUGGGUGGUAAAAUGGAAGCGACACCUUUCAGAGAGUUCGCGGAACUUUGUGUACAAUGCUAUUUAGCUGUUAGACCUUACCAUAAAGCCUUCGUUUCGUUGGUAUCGUUGAUGUUAGACACUGGUUUGCCUUGUUUCCGAGGCAAAACCAUACAACAGUUGCGAUCGCGAUUUGCUCCCGAUCUAGGCGAAGCCGAUGCUGCUAGGUUCAUGCACUCAGUUAUAACGAAUUGUUUCCUGAACAUAAGAAGUAAGAUGUACGAUCAACUCCAAUAUGUACAGAACGACAUUCCUUAUUAA